AUGACCUUAUUCAUGACAAUACCAAUGCUAAUGCCAAUUGGAUUCUCAAUUGAAAGAUUCGUUGCAUUGGGAAUGGCGAAGAAUUAUGAAAAUGUUCGUACUCUGUUGGGUCCAGUUCUUGUUGUGAUUCUGAUAACAACUGAUGUGAAUCUAAUUUACAAUGUGUUUCAAAACGAAAAGUUCAAUGAUCCAUUCAUAUCGUUCAUACUUAUUCCAUCCACUUCUGCAGUACAAUUCAAUAAUUUUUUUUGGUUUCUUCUCUACGUGGAAAUCACUAAUUUCAUCAGUAAUUGUGUACUUUUAUUAGUUCAUAGCCGUCUGAAAACAAGAUUCCUCCGUCAGAAGUCUCCAUUAUCAGUGAGAUACGAGUUAGAAGAGAUCUCUCAAUCGUCAAAAUUCACUCUGAUUGUCAGUUUCACUCAUCUUUUGUUUGUUGGAUGGUAUCUCAUUGCUAUUAUUUCUGUUCGUACGGUCGGACAAGACUUUUUCGGAGGAUACGUACCGUAUACAGUUGCUAGAGGAGUGUAUUGUGCUGUUCCAACAUACAAUCUGAUUAUUGUAUUCGUCGGAAUCAAAUCUCUUCGUCUAAUGAAUUUGAGAAGACACAAUAAAGUUCAAUCAACUGUUAAAAUUAAGUCAACUGGAAAAGAAGGAGCCAAAAAUUAUGAAGAUGCGAUAACCAACUAUUGGAACACGGUCUCCAGUGAUAUAAAUAGAAUGAGAAUUUGA